AUGUCUCCUACCACUUCCUGUCCGAAGCCGCAGCACGAUACCGCUCAGACCCCGGCAGCAGUUCUGACAGCCGCUGAAAGGGGCCAAGUAACGCUUUCAUGCCUUCCUAGCAACCCAUGGGCUGUAACACCCGGUGUCUAUGCCCGACCUGACGGAUCAGCUGUUCACAUUGGCGGCAGAGAGCAGUUCUGGGACAAGAGGAAGGGGAUGGCGAAUGGGGGUGGAAACGGAGUUGGAGGAGGACCCGCUUUGGAGCACAAUGAAAUGAAAGGAGAGGUAGAGAAGGGGGUUUAG